UCUGCUCAUAGCGAGGAGCAUGUGUGAUUAUACGAGCAGCCUACAGGAACUCUGGUAUAUCCUGGGCUACGACAUGACUAAGGUAUCAGUUGAGGUCUAAUAUGGCGGGGAGGUGUACAAUGUACAUGUGCAUUCAUAUGUAUUUCUCUACCAGUUCAUAUCAAAACCACUUCCACAACAGACUCUCAAAGGUGCUCACUAUGGUUAAAAAAGUUCCUGCACGUUCAGCCCGCGACUUGUGCGAUUGGCGGCUCGCAAUGGGUCGCGUUGCGCAAUCGCGGGCUCGAUCGUUGGGAGAGCUAGCGCCUAGCGCUGCUACCUUCACAGGGUUCGUGGCUCAAUCGUCAUCCCGCUCGCUCGCUCGCGCUCCCCACGAUGGCCUGAUCUGGCCGACGAUUUGCGACCGCGAUUGCGGCUGCGACUCCCACCCUCGCGCUCGCGCAGCCACCGUCCGACGCGACCCUCGGCGUGCUCUGCGCAUAGACCUGAGCCCAACGGUGGACUUGCUGCACCCCAGCGCAGCGCACUCAGCUCAGCUCCACUCCAGCGAGCGCCCCGCACGUGCAUACAGCCUACAUAGCACACCACCCCAGUCCCAUUUUUCCCCCCCUCGGGCGGCGAACGCAACGAACGCGCUAGAUUCUUCUUCUGCGGCCGACGUCAGCGCCGAGGAGCGUCUACUGCGCGCCGAGAAGGUUGGCAUGUGUGGAGGCGCGGUGGAAGGGCUUGUUCUUCCUUGGACGUCUUGGGCUGGAGCGUGUCGGGCGUUUGGUUUGGGGGCGGGAGGCAAAGGUGGGGUUGAUCGGUGAGGGCGCGCGUGCGGGCUGCGGAGCUGCCUGGCAAGCGUGCCCCGUGAGCGUAGCUCUACUCUGAUACCAUACAGCCGGUGGUACUGCUGUAGGGCCGUCUAUCGUCAUCAGCAAUCGUGGGGGAUUGUGGGCUACCGUGUCCGGGGUUCUGGAAGCGGGUCUAGCAGGCUAGCGGGCUGUGGUGUGCCCUUGUACGUAAGCCACGAGUUUGAGGUGCGUUGGGGCGUGCGGGUCUAGAUGUUCCAAAACGCGUGCUGGAAGCGGUGGGGUUGUGUGUUUUUGACAAUGACAUAGUAAUUGUGCUGGCAUUUGCUGUUUUGAGGAAGCCGGAUCGAUGGGUGCUGUUUCGCAGCUGUGGGCGGAACUGGGUGUAUGGAAGAUACUAGUCACAUCUGUUUGAAUUGCGAUACGACUAUACAAGG